CUACGCCCAUAUCCCGUCUCUGGAUCAAUUCCACAUGGCCACCGACGCUUUAUACGCCGCCGGCACCGGCGCCGUCUUCGGGGCUGCUCUAACUGCCUCGCGAGUCUGGUUGCCUUCCGUCAUCCUCGAUCAGUUCUCCCUCGCCGAUUUCCAUAUGAUGCAUGUCUUUGCUGUCGCUUUGGGGUCCAGCGCCGCCGUCAUGCUUGUCCUCGACCGCCUCGACAUCAUCAAGCGUCCCGUCCGCGCCAACUCCCCCCUUGGUUCCACCUCACCCUACGGUGGUAACCUCCUCGGUGGCGCCCUCGUCGGUCUCGGCAUGAGUGUCUCCGGCGCCUGCCCGGGCACCGUCCUCGUUCAACUCGCCCAGGGCAUCCCCUCCGCGCGCGCCGCCGGAAUCGGCGCUAUCCUCGGCGGUAUCGCCUACGGCUCCAGCAUCCGCUCCUCCCCAUCACCUCCAUCAUCGCCUCUCCUGAAGAACGGCCGUGGGUCAAGUCCGAAAUCUAAAUCUAAGUCCAAGUCCAAACGCAACUCCCGCCACAUCACCUCCCCACCAACCCUCUCCUCUCCUCUGCAGACCGCCACCGCUCCGCGACGAACCACCAUCACCGAGGCCCUCAACGUCCCCGAACUCGCCAUCUACUCCAUUCUCGCCGCCGGCAUCAUCGGCAUCGUCUCCUUCACCCGUUCCUCCUACGCCAACAGCCCACCCAUCACGCCCGUGCAAGGCGGACUCGCAAUCGGCGUCGCACAAGCCCUCUCCCUCCUGUUGACCGCCACUCCCCUCGGCGUGUCCACCGCCUACACCCAAAUCGGUCAAUACGCCCUCCGCGCGCUCGGUCUCGAAGACGGCGAAGGCAAAGCCGAAAAGUCGCUCCCCAAGUCGAUUAUCUUCGCCGCCGGCGUGAUUGCAGGGAGUAUCGCGUUGACCGGCUUGGUUCCCUUGGGCAGUUCGCCGACGGUGCAGAUUCCUUUCUGGCAGGCACUGGUUGGUGGGUUUAUGAUGGUUUAUGGAGCGAGACUAGGAAGUGGGUGUACGUCCGGGCAUGGAUUAAGUGGAUUGGGCGCCCUGUCGUUUUCGAGCUUGAUCUCGGUCGCGGGCAUGUUUGGGACGGGCAUUGCGAGUCGCUUGAUCUUCCAGGCGCUGGCCUGACAGGAUGGAGCGGAAGGGAUUUUUUUGCCGGAACUUUUUCUGCGUUCUGAGUUCUUUUGCUUCUAGAUUUUACGCUGGAUACCCCCUUCGCUUGUUAAUUUACGACACAGACGUACAUCCUUAUAGCGGCUCUUGAAAAGUGUUCGCUUUCUCCAUGAAUGACCACUAGUCUUCAUUUUUCAAGUCUCCUAUCGAGAACUUGUCUAUUCUCAUUUCAUCCUCUUCUCCUAAAUAUCAUCUCUACUGUAAUCCUCAUCAUCCGACGUCAUCAAUUCAUUCGCCCCAGCAGCUUGCUCUUUGAGUGCUUCCAAUGCGU